AUGGUGAUGCCGUCGGCAGCUGACAAGCCACCCCCGGAACCCAAUAACGUUUCGUCCCCUUCUGAAGGCCCGGAAAACCCUGUAGACAGCUUCCUCUCGCUUAUCCAAGAGUUCUGUGCUGGAGGCGACUUCAGCCGCCUCAAGGCAAUGUGCCAGGAGAAUAAAGAACUCAACGCAAAGAUCAAUCAGCUCGAAUCUGCCUACGAUCAAAACAUCCAAGCACUGACAAGCCAGAAUCUGUUGGCCAAUUUCUUCGACCUUGCCUUAAAACACAUGGAGGUUUUCCUCCGUGGCGACCUCGACGAUGCUUGCCUUGCAGACUCCGCAACAUGGAUAGAGCUCCGGAUGCGGGUAUCAAGCCAGCAACGAAUUCCGCUCCCGGCUUCCAACUCGCCAGGUGCCAAGCGGAUGAGGAUCGUCGCCGGCCUUGUCAUCUUUGGUGAAGCACUUGCCGACUACAUCUUUAGACCGACUCACACCGCCCAGGACAGCGAGCUCGACGAUGUUUUAGGUCGUCUCGGUACCCAGAAUUAUCUUCAGGAGAUGUAUGUCCGUGCUGCCUUGCUGAGGGUUCUUCCCGACAGGCAGAGAAAAAAUCAAGAAGCUGCAGUCAAGUCCGUCGUUACACACGUGUCAGAUGUCUUAGGCGUUUUAAUGCCCUCUUCGCGACGAGGGGAGUUCGAAUCACGCCUAAAGUUAGUCUCUGACGAAAUAUGCCACGGUUGGUCGCAGGUCCAGCAGCUGGAGGAGAGAGUCAGGCCCAGCUUCUCUUUCGAUUUUGCCGAGGAGUGGCAGCCGCUGCCGUCGUCAGGGCCCCAAACCUCCACAAAGCCCAACCCAUCGCCGUCUACUCAGUCGACGACACAGCAACAGAAAAACGGCCGCCAAACUCAACAGCAACCUAAACCCCGUCCUGAAGUGCUGACGAAGGAAGAGUUCAAAGAAGUCGCGUGGCCGGCAUUUCUAGCCACAAAUCCUGAGCAAGCCCAAGACGGCGACGGCGCAAACUCAUCAUCAUGGGUUUCAAUCCAUCGUGGGUAUGUUCUCACAAAAGCACAAGCUAAGGGGGCGGAGCAAGAAAGGACUGCCGAGGAGGAGGCUUCUCGCAGGGUUAGAAAGACUAUCCGACAGAAUGAUGGCAAUGAUCCUCGACAGACACAGAGAAAGAGGCGGGACUCGGGCAUUGGGGGUUUUUUUCACUCAUAA